AUGACUUCACCUCGCCUGCCGAAUUCACGUCUAUAUCGAGACUGUCCAAUGAAACCCGGCCUCGACGCUGAUUGGCCAACAGCUUCAGGCGAAUCGCGUGUACGAUUGCAGAUUAGCAAACCAGAAACUACUUCGACAACUGCGUCAAAUGAGGGCUCAUUCAAAACGCCACCGCGGGUUGUGCAGAAUGACGUGUGUCCAGGCGCACCACGAAAGGCCACACCCAGCAACUCAAAUGCUACCAAGGUGGCGGCAGAUGGCUUCAAUUCUGCUUCGCAGAACAUUACAUUUGACGAUGCUUUGGCAGUGGAUGUAGGUCAGAAAGAGAGAACACCUGCAAAUGGGUCGGUCAUCGUUGGAAUUCCCCCCUACGCGUCUGCGAGGCCAGCACUCCAAGCAAAUGCACCAAUUGUCAUUGAAAUGGCAAACAUACACCAGGUGAUGACGUCAAUAACUGUGUCUGCGAUGGAUCUGUUGCGUCCCUGCUCCCGCAACUAA